AUGGCAUCAAUGGCCCCUGAGAUCCCUUCGUCUAUCCUCAUCGUCGGAAGCGGAGUCUUUGGGCUCUCGACCGCAUGGGCGCUCUGCAAUAAUCCGCAGUUCAAGGACACCUCAAUCACACUCGUAGAUCGACAGCCGUUCCCCACGCCGGACGGCUCCAGUAUCGACACGUCUCGGAUAAUACGACCCGACUAUGCUGCCGCGCCAUACACACGCCUCGCUUCCAUAUCCCAACAGCGUUGGCGGACCGACUUCGCUCCGGAACACUAUCACCAAACUGGCCUGUGUGUCACUGCCUCCGGCCCUGAACAGAGAUAUGUUUCUGAGUCUCUAGCCAAUGUACAAGCCCUCGGGGUUGACAAUGUCGAAGUUCUGGGCACCGCCGAAGACAUUAGAAAAGCAUGUGGGUUGGAAGGCAAGGGUGACGAGGGCUGCGGGAGCACAGGGUAUGUCAACUGGAGCUCCGGCUGGGCAAAUGCAGAAGGUGCUAUGGGAUGGCUCCGAGAAAAGGUGGAAAGACUGAACAGGGUCAAUUUUGUGGUUGGAACCGUGAAGAAGCUCAUAAUCGACAACAACACGAACACCGUUUCUGGCGCCAGACUGAGCGAUUCUUCCGAAUUGACAGCCGAUCUCACAUUACUCGCAGCAGGAGCAUGGACCUCCGCGCUCAUCGACCUCCGCGGUAUUUGCAAGGCUACCGGCCAAGCGCUGUGCUACAUGCCCAUAUCCCCCUCCGAAGAGGCCACGCUCUCACAACGGCCAACAAUUCUUAACCUUUCAACCGGUCUUUUUAUGAUACCACCUUCUCAACGUUUACUAAAGAUAGCUAGGCACGGCUAUGGCUACGUGAAUCCCACCACGAUUCCGCAUCCCGAGUCUCCCGAUCCGAACGACACGAUAACGGUUUCGCUCCCCUUCACGCAUGUUGAUGAUCCCUCUCAAGCCGUUCCUCGCGAAGGUCAGCGUGAAUGCCGGGAAUUCCUUGCAUCAAUCCAUCCUUCGCUUAGCACGCCGUCGCGGCCAUUUACAAAGAGCAAGAUCUGCUGGUAUACAGACACCCGGGACGGGGAUUUCCUCAUCUCGUAUCAUCCCAAGUAUAAGGGAUUAUUCGUGGCAACCGGCGGCUCAGGGCACGCCUUCAAAUUCCUCCCAGUAAUUGGGGAGAGCAUCUUGGAGUGCAUAAUGGGGAGGACGCCGGAAGAUUUCAAGGGCAGGUGGGAGUGGCCGGCUGAAAGAGCGCCAGAGGAGUUGUGGAAAGGAGACGGGAGCCGUGGCGGACCAGUGGGCAUGGUGUUGAGCGAGGAGACGGCAAAAGAACAGAUGGCGACAAGCAAAUUAUGA